GUGGCCAUGGGGUGUCACCACUGGGGACAUGGGUUGGUGCUGGGGACAUGGAUGGUGGCCGUUGGGUACCAGCCUUUGGGAUGUGGGUCGGUGCCUGUGCACCUGACUUGGAGGGUGGCCCCGGGACGUGCGCUGGGGACCCGGCCGGUGGCUGGGGGUGCUGUGGCCACGUGGCCCUGCCCCAGUGCGAGGCCAUGGAGGUGGCCGGUGGCUGUUUCCUGCAACUAAUCACCGCUAAUUGGCUUUGCCCUGCCCUGGGCCAGGGAGCCCAUGGGGGUGGGGGGGGCACGUUGGGGCAUAAGAGGAUUGCCCUGCCUCCUUCUUAAGGCUCAGCCACCCCGGGGACCCACUCCCUGCCUGCCUGCCUGCCUGCCUGCCCACCCGGCCCCAGCCCUAUGCCACGCACCCGGGGGGACAAGGACACGGAGGCCCCAGGCAAGGGGAAAGGUGGGGAGGUGGGUGAGAAAACCCCCAAAGCUCCAGAGGACGGUGGCCACCCGGACACCAAGAGCCCUGGCUCCGAGUCCCGGCACAGCAGCCACGGGCAGAAGAACAGCAAGAAGGUCCACGGGGACCCCCACGCUGCCGCCACCAAGACCUACUACCCCUUCCUCAACACUGUCUUUGGCAAGGAGCGGGACCUGUCACCAGAGGAGCUGGACGAGCUGCUGGACGCCUUCAAGGAGUUCGACACAGACCAGGACGGGUACAUCAGCUACAAGGACCUGGGCGCCUGCAUGCGCACCCUGGGGUACAUGCCCACCGAGAUGGAGCUCAUCGAGAUCUCCCAGCACAUCAAGAUGAGGAUGGGCGGCCGCGUGGACUUUGAGGACUUUGUGCAGAUGAUGGGGCCGAAGCUGCGGGAGGAGACGGCUCACAUGGUGGGCGUGAGGGAGCUCAAGAUAGCCUUCCGUGAGUUCGACAUGAAUGGGGACGGGGAGAUCAGCAGCGCGGAGAUGCGGGAGGCCAUCACGGCGCUGCUGGGGGAGCAGCUGAAGGCGCAGGAGAUGGAUGAGAUCCUGCAGGACGUCGACCUCAACGGGGAUGGGCACGUGGACUUUGAUGAGUUUGUUAUGAUGCUGUCGUCCCGGUAACGAAGCCUUGGGGCAGGAGGGGGGACCCUCCCCCCCAUCCCCGAUCCUUGUCAGGCGACCCUGCCAGGCCAACCAGCCCAACCUCCUCGCCAGCAUUAGGGUUCAGAGUGAACAGCCAGAGCUGAGCUUGCAUCUGGGAACGGGGCAGACAUGAGAGCCUCAA